AGAACUCACUAAAGGAGCGUUUGUCUUCUUUUCGGUUUUCUUCCUCCAACACCGCGUCUCAUCGGCUCUCACCUUCAACCACACUCCCCACUUUGUUUUCUUUCUUUCUUGAUUCGGGCCAUCAUGUCGAGUAGCGGUAGCGCCUCGGUCGCCGCUCAGGCGGAGCUCAUGGAGAAGGAGAAGACCGUCACGGAGCACCAGCAGCGGCUGGAGUCGUUGCGCGACACCGUCAAGACGAUGGCGACCCGGCAGGUCACCCUCAAGCGCACUGAGCGUCGUUGCCAGAUCACCGUGGGCGAGCUCACCAAGCUGAAGCCGGAGCACGUCGUCUACCAGGGCGUCGGCCGCGCCUUCAUGCGGGUGCCGGUGAACAAGCUCAUUGACAGGAACAACGAGGAGAUUGAGCGGUGUGAGGCGGAGGAGAGCCGCCUAUCCAACGAGAAGCAGCGCACGUCGGAGUUGGUGACGAGGGAGGAGGGCGAGCUGCGCCGCGCCGUGGAGGAGUUCCGUGCGGCGGUGAUGGUGGUGCAGGCUGCCCAGGCGCGUGGUCAGCAGAGCGCUUAA